AUGCAAGAUAAUUAAGCAAAUAGUGAUAUUGUAAUUGAAGAUCGUCAUAUAAAUGUGAGCCAAUUCUUAGAAGCUAGAAGUUCAGAGAUUGGCUACUUUACUCAGCAAUUAAACUCAAAAAAGAAUGGAUCAAAUAAACUAGCUUAUUAGAUGGUCAAAAAGCAUUUAAGAAGAAGAGCUAUGUCUCAUAAUAGAUACAGAAUUCCAAGCAGAAUCAGAAAUAGAAUGAAUGUAUAAGAAUUAGAUGUUAUUGAAAAGACUUAAGACCCAAUCAAAUGUCGCAAGCACUUGAGAAAACCUAAAUUACUAAUGAACUCAUAUAUCAGAAGAUCAAGAAGCGAUAAAUGGAUGGAAACCCAUUUAUGGCAUGCAAAAAGAAUGAGAAUGAUCAAAUAUUUCCAAUAUAAAAUAGCUAGGACUCCAAAUGAGAAAGGUGAUAGAGCUUGCUUUAGAUUUGCUAAUCAUGAUUGCACAGUUUAUGAUAGAAGCUACUAUGAAUUUAUUUUUAUUUAGGGAUCAAAAAUAUUAGAGUUUAUGGCUAGUCAUUUAUAAUAAAAGGACUAUAAAAUUUUAAUUUAAAAUUAGAAGAAGAAUUUCAAAAUCAGUGAUAAUUUAGAUGUUUAUAAAAACGAAUUAAAUACACUUAUUGGUCCUGCAAAAUUUAUUUGGAAAACAGAAUAAGAAUUGGUAGUGUUUAUACAUCCUGGCUGUGUCUCUGAGUGGAUCUAAAUUUUAACUCUUUAUGCUAAGAAGUUUGAAAAUCAAACUGAUGAGCAGAAAGGAGGUUUGCUAGAUUUUUAACAUGUUAAAGACAAUUAUAAUAUCUUUGAUCUGUCUGGUCCACUCUGCUUGUACAAAGUACACUAUCUCUUAGCUAAUUUAGGAUUGUCUGAAGAAUAAAUAAAUAAUAUUCAUCCACUCGUUCGUCAUUUUAAAAAUGUAAAUGAUGCAGCUAACUAUCCUAAAAAUCAUAUUAUUUAGUUGAAAUUCUAAGCAAAUGUCAGCAAAAAAUUGAUUAAACCUCCUUUUGAUUUUUCCUAAGUGUGUGUUGAAGAAAAUCCUUUGAACUAAGAUUAACUUAAUUAAAGUCUAGUUGAUUUGAUAACUUAUAGCAAAUAAGUUAAGCAAGAAAACAUCAGCUUGCUAGAAAACAUAAAAGAAAUCAAAUAAAGCGAUUAUGCUGUAAGAUUCAAAACUGUAACAAGAAAUAGAUACACUCAUAAAAAGAAGAAUAAAAUUUCAAAAAAACAAAAGACCAAUGCUUUAAGUCAAGUUAAGAUUGAAGAAAAAAAGAAAUACGAAGAUUAAAAAUAGUAAUAACAGCAACAACAAUUAAAUUAAACUGAGUAAAUUUAGGAAGAAUCUAAGAUCUAAACAGAAGAGGUAGAAGCACAAAGUAAUAAUUCUAUCCAACUCGAAGAAAUUAAGUUUGCAAAGGAUUUGGUUGAAAGUGAAAUUCAUUUAAUGAUAAUAUUUAACAAUUCAAAGCAACACAAGGCCUUUGGACAAGGAGUUACUUUGGUGGUUAAUUAAGGAAGAGGUAUCUUGGUUUGGAGAUUACUGUCAUUUAUAGCUUGCAAAGCUAUUGGCCUAAGUGAAUAUAAUAAUAUUAUUGAAGAAAGUGGUCAGAAAGUAUUUCCUAAUGAUUACCCUUUAACUUAGGCAUACAGCACUUUAAACAAAGAAUUGCUUGAAGCAAAAGUAACUAAACAUUUCCUGAAACCUAAAGGUAAAAGAGUAAAUUAUAUGAAGAUAAACUCACCUUUCCCUUUUAAACCUAAUUUCGAUUACAUUUUGAGUAAAUAUCUUGAGAGUGAAGAUAAGAUAAUUGCUCAGCAAGAAGAUCUAUAAGAUGUUAGAGUUAUUAUGGUAGGCAGGGGAAAGCCUGAUACUAAUUCUUACAUUUGUUUGCCAGAGCCAGAAGAUUUCAAAAAAUACUAAGAUAUGCUCUUAAAAGACAAAUCCAGAGUUUAUUCUAUUCACGAUGAGCCUUCUUAUGUAAAAGUAGCUUCUAAAUCGCUUGAUAUUCCAGAACCCUCUCAAAUCAGCACAACAAGAAAAAUUAUCGGGUUUUUAUCAUUUGGAGAUUUUUCAUUUAAAUCUGGAGUUGGAAAGGGAAGAGGCUAAAUCAUAAAGUAUUAUUUGGAUGCUUUAAAAGCUAAAAGCCAAGGAAACAACAUGGAAAUAGAGGAUAAGCAAAAAAAUAAAAAAUAAAAUGAAAUAUUCUGCUUAAUCCGUAAUCCUACUUCAAGAAAGUACUAUUUGGCAAACCUUUAUUUAAUUUGA